ACUCCGUACGGACAACACGCUAGCUUCUUAGCGUCUUUGUACUUCACAGUUUUCGCACUGCUAGAUUUUCAAACCACAAUGAGUCGAGUAGCAGACAAGUGCCUUAGCGGCGUAGUUCACGUCCUGACGGCACUAAGUCUCGUGAAAAGAGAGAAAACAGGAGAAGGGAAGCCGAAGUUGGAAGUAACGGUCCACGCAGCAACUGGCCAGGGAAGCUUCGGUCCUGGCAAGUACAUGGCCACAAUGAAGCUUGGUCAAACCAAGUUCCGAACGGGGCUGAAGAAGGCGGAUUCACUGGUCUGGAAUGAGUCAGCCGAGUUCCCAUCUUGGUCGUCUGAUGACAAACAAGACGUCGUCUUGAAGAUACGUAAGGCCAAGAAGUGCACCGAGCGCACGGUUGGCACCGUCACCAUUAACGUGAAGGAAGCCCUGGAGACCAACCUCCACCUGUCGGUGAGGAGGCGGUAUUUGGUGACCCCUAGCGACAAGCAGCGCAAGUGCAGGGUUUUCCUGGAGGUGUCCGUGACUGUGGAUGAGGGGAGUAAGGGAGAAACCGCAGGUGAGAAUGAGCUGGACAAACCCGCAUCCUUGGAUGAGUCAACCAAGCCCAAGUCUGCCCAGGCAGUGGCGCCACCUACCGAGAUCGAUCCACGCUGCAGUGAGCAGAUCUCCGCCAUCUCCACCACCUAUGCAGAGCUGAUUGCAAAGCAGUUCUCCUCGGCAGAAUUGCUGGCCUACGUCAACGGUCUUCGCGACAAACUGUCCGUAGCUGCGCCGCACGUGUUGGACAACGUUGUGAUCAAAAACAUCGCGGCAAACGUCCCAGAUGCUACGCAGUACAAUCUGCCGGAGUUGGUCGGCCAGAGUUUGGAAGGACUGGGGAAGAUCCUGGACGUUGUGCAGAGGCUGAGCCAAGAGGAAGACGGCCGCCUGCAUUUCAUCAGGAAAUGGUACGUGGAUGAAGUAUGCCGACAAGCCAUGGAGGCAGCUCCAGAAGUACUGGAAGGUGGCUAAUGUACAUAUGACGUAGUUACGCCUCUAUGUGGCGGAUGAAAGUACUGCAAGUACUUAGACAUAAAGUUUUAUGAAAUCUCUCGUGGUUGCAUGACUGUUUCAUAUGUUUGAGAACCAUUGUUCCGGUUCACAACUGUUUCCAAUGCACAUUUGUGUUAUGUUUAAUGGCUGUUUGGAGUGCUAACAAUGAAACGAAAGGUAAAAAAAUGUAAAACAUAGUGCUCAGUUUAAAACUCCUAUGAAAUUACCCCAAGAAAAGAAAGUACAUAACAUGAACAGAAGUAUGUUACAUAGGAUUAUCCCUUGGUAUGGGGGUGACUGAUUACUACUACAUGAACAAACGUUUACAGGUGGUUUAUUUGCAUAAUGUGAUUGAACAUAUAUUUCACAUUUUGUAAAAUGAAAGUCUAUU